ACCUCUGUCAAACGAGCCGGUGAGAAAGUGUGAGAGAGGGAUUGCUCAACGCCUCCACCACAAUUGCCCCAUCACCUGAGAGAUCAGCCUGAGAUGAACCAGACCCUCUUAGAGUCCCAGAACCCAAAUAGCAAAUUAAAAUCCCACGAGUUCGAUCAAUGACAGCGAGAGAUGACAGUGUUGCUGGAGAAGUUAGGGUUCAUAGAAGCUGAACAUCGAGUCUUGCUUCUAGAUGUUCUACCUACACCUGUGAUUUUUGUCCACAUAAGCUCUCCUCAGCGUGGGAGAUUGAGAAGCUCCAGCUGAAACUGAUCCAUGGCAUUGCCUAUCGCUUCUUCUGCAUUAUCGAACUUCCCUCUAGCUCCAGCUCCAGCUCCAGUUCCAGCUUCAGCUUCAGCUCCAAGGGAAACACAUCAAAAUCCUUUAUCAGGAAGAUUUACAUUAACAUGUAAACCAUUAAGAAGCGGCAUAAUCAAUGCAACUAAAGGGGUAUCCAGUGUUUGUGAACCCCUUCCUCCCGAUAGACCUCUCUGGUUCCCUGGUAGUUCACCUCCUCCAUGGCUUGAUGGAAGUCUUCCAGGAGACUUCGGCUUCGAUCCUCUUGGACUGGGAUCUGAUCCCGAGCUGCUGCAGUGGUUUGCUCAAGCUGAGCUAAUGCAUUCUCGAUGGGCAAUGCUGGCGGUGGCCGGAAUCCUCAUCCCUGAGUGGCUGGAGAAGUUAGGGUUUAUAGAAAACUUCUCCUGGUUCGAUGCUGGUGCGCAGGAAUACUUCGCGGACCCGAUGACCCUGUUUCUGGUUCAAUUGGUUUUGAUGGGUUGGGUUGAGGGAAGAAGAUGGGCUGACCUAAUCAAGCCUGGUUGUGUGGAUAUCGAGCCCAAGUUUCCCAAUAGGAAGAACCCGAAGCCUGACGUUGGGUAUCCAGGUGGGUUGUGGUUCGACCCGAUUAUGUGGGGUAGGGGUUCUCCAGAACCGGUGAUGGUAUUGAGGACUAAAGAGAUUAAGAAUGGUCGGCUUGCAAUGCUGGCUUUCGUGGGCUUUUGCUUUCAGGCAAUUUACACAGGAGAAGGCCCAAUUGAAAACUUGAUGGCCCACAUUGCAGAUCCGGGACACUGCAACAUUUUCUCGGCUUUCACUUCACACUAACAUGUUAAUUGGAGCAGGAGAAUAAUGCCUGGAGUGACCUGCAAUACCAAGAGAACGAACUAGAGUUCAGAAAAAUGGAUGAUGAUUAUUUAUCAGCGAUUACAUGGUCUUUAAGUGUCUAUUGCAAAGUAUAUAAUGAGGUUAAAAAAGAAAAAGAAAGUGAAUUUUACAUGAUCCAACAGCAUUAGAAUCUUAUAUUUCCUUUCACGUA